AUGGUGGAGGUUCCGCAUUGCGCUGCUACCCAGAGGGCCCAGGCGCGGACGGGUUCGGCCGCGGCUUUGGCGAAGGCGAAGGUCGUAUUUCCAACUGGCCUCAAUGAUGCCCGGAUCGCCCAUACCAUGUGCGGCGGGAUGGCCAUAUUGCAACCUUCGGCAGAAAUCGCGCUCCCUUACGGGCCAGCGGGCGCAGCGGCUCCUCGGAUCUUGUCGGGUUUUGCUGCUCUGCAGGUCGUGUGGGCAGACCUGGCCGCCAAUGAUAGCGACGACGAAGAACAGGUCGUAUGGGCCGACCUUGCGGCAGCAGACAGUGAAGACGAAGAGCAGGUCGUGUUGGUGACCGGGAAGACCCUUCUUGUCCUUUGGAUACGAGCGACACGGUCGACCAUCUGA